UAACCAGAAAACAGCAGGACCCAGAGCUAUUGCCAAAAUGGUCGACCCCAAUCGAAAAAUCAAUCGUCUCACCGACAAAGACAUCGAGUUCCUUGACGAGUGCGAGGAGGAAUUCAAAGAUCGCUUCACCGAGACCGACGAGGAGUUCAUGCGACAUUGCCGCAAGGAAGUGCCACCGGUGCCCAUCAUAGAUCCUUGGUCGGCGCGAAAAUUCGAUUCCCCGGACAACCGCAGACGUGGUGGCGGUGGACGGGGUGGUGGUGCUGGUGGUUUCCGCGAUAACAAUCGCAAUUUUCAUAAUGAUCGGCGUGGCGGCGGUCGGGGCUAUCACUCGGGCGGCUACGGACGCUUCCAGCAUCGCGGACGGCACAAUCACUAUCAUCACGACCGCAAACCGUAUUCGCGCAACGACGGUGACGGCUACGGGCGCUUCGGCCGAAACAAUGACCACUAAACAGCGGAUAAUUGAGGGCGAGAGGGCGCGGAGAUUUUGUGUGAUGGACGAGCGGGUGGAGAGUAAUGCGGCGCGAACAGUUGGUGGUUUCAGUGAACGGUGUGAAAUUUUUUAUAGUGGAAAAGAUGAAAUUAAAAGACUUGGAAGGCCGAGGUUUUCGCUGUCGGACAAUAUAAAUCGUUGAAUUUUCUCUUUAAGUUCUUUUCGUAUGUCAGCGUAUUCUUGUAAGUGUGAAAUAGAAAACGUUGUGAUUCGAUGACUAAGUUUCAAUUAGUUCGCUCCUCAGGAGACUUUUUUUAUUGCCAAUAAAAACAUUUACAUUUCCAAAAUAAA